UUCUUGUGUCCAUUCAUAGAAACCUGAAAAGAAAGCAGGCAUCACUUCAGGAGACUCCAUUCUUAUUGCUGGAUGAGCUGACCACGCAGUUUCCCAGAGAUGUACUAAUGAGUGUGUUGACCCACCUUCCACAGACUGACAGCUCUACUCUGGACAUCUGGAAGAGGAUGCUUGCCCCAGCAGCGACUUUAGAGAGAGUCUUGGAAGAACUGUACAGUGUUCUCCGGGACCAACAGCUGUGCAUGAUUUUUAACAUCACCACAGUGGAUUUUGGCCUCCUUCACCUGACUGUUAUGCGCCCCACUGAAGAGAUCCUGCAAGAAUUAUGUAAGCCAGGCCUCUUCCAGAUGUUUCUGAAGAUUAGAAGCUUGCCAAUACUCUGGCUGGUGCUCAGAGGCCUUGCCCUUCUGUCAGAGAGACCUGAGAUGGCAAGAGAAAUACGGACCCUACUGCCAGACAUCAUGGAGACCCUGCAGUUUGUCAGUGCGCACAUCACUCUUAACGUGCUGAAUAUCUUCAGAAAUGUGGUAAAUCACCUGGGGAAGAUGGAGGCACGUCCCAUUGCUCUGGAGCUGGCUGAGAAUCUCCUGCAUCUUUUUAAUCAUGUGUCAAGUGAAAUACGAGCGCGUUCCAUCCUCCUGUUCAAAGACGUGAUAGAGGCUGUGGUGUGGUGGCAAAAGGGAGACAUGAAGAAGAAAGUGCACCGGGGCCUGCUUCCUCUGCUCUUUCUGAACAGUGAUGAGACCUUGAGCGUUGCACAGGCCUCUAGGGAAGCCCUCAUUGCUUGUGCAAAGUUCCUGAAGUGGAAGGAGCUUGAGCACCAGGCCCAGAAGAAGAAUAUAGUGGGGAUCAUGGAGUGCUUGCUGCAGCAGGGCAGGAGGAGGGUGGAUAAAUAUCUGCAGCAGAGCCUGCUGUACCUGAGGCAUUCUCAGGCUUCUGUGCGACAAGAUGCUCUUUUAUUCAUUGGGCUGACUUUGAGUCUGUACUGGGACCAAAGUGAGAGAGAGCGGAACAAAAUCCACAAAGCCCUCCAUCCUUUGGAACACGACACCCAUCAGGGAGUCAGUUCUCUGGCAACUUCAACAAUCCUGAUGCUGAAAUAUCCAGGGCGGCAGGCAAAAUCAACAUGGGGCAAGCUCGCAAAACUGUGUUGCUGGCCCUGCAGUGCCAUCUCUUCUGAGAAAUAUCACUGAUUAAAACUUGAAUUAC